UGUUUGAGACCAUGGGAGAAACAAAGAUGAAUAAAAUUGGUGCCAACUUUAACUGAUGAGAUAUAAUAGCAACCCCAAUAUAAAUAACUACGUUCAUUACUUGUACACAUUGGUGAAACCCCUCUACAACUAUGUUAUCACAUUCACUUCUAGUACUUCUUCUCUGGAUUUCCAAACCAAACCCUUGCCAUACUGAACUUUACUUUAAGAGGACUCCUGGUGAUCAACCUAAAGAAAUCUUGCCACAUUUUUCAGUGAAUGAUGGUAAGCUACUUAGUCGGCACAAGCGGGGCUGGAUGUGGAAUCAGUUCUUCUUGUUAGAAGAGUAUACUGGAUUUGAUAACCAAUAUGUUGGAAAGCUUCAUUCAGAUCAAGAUAAAGGUGAUGGAAGUCUUAAAUAUAUCCUCUCAGGAGACGGAGCUGGCACACUUUUCGUUAUUGAUGAGAGAACAGGUGACAUUCAUGCAACACGGCGAAUUGACAGGGAAGAAAAAGCCUUUUACACCUUGCGUGCCCAAGCAAUAAACAGAAAGACAGGGAGACCUGUAGAACCGGAGUCUGAAUUUGUCAUAAAGAUACAUGACAUUAACGAUAAUGAGCCAACAUUUCUAGAAGAGAUUUAUUCUGCCAGUGUCCCUGAAAUGUCUGAUGUUGGUACAUUUGUUGUGCAAGUGACCGCAGCAGAUGCUGAUGACCCUUCUUAUGGAAACAGUGCCAAAGUUAUCUACAGCAUACUUCAGGGACAGCCAUAUUUUUCUGUGGAGCCUGAAACAGGUAUUAUAAGAACUGCCUUGCCAAACAUGAACAGAGAAAACAGAGAACAUUACCAAGUGGUUAUUCAGGCCAAAGACAUGGGCGGCCAGAUGGGAGGGUUAUCUGGGACCACCACGGUGAACAUCACACUGACUGAUGUCAAUGACAAUCCUCCUCGUUUCACUCAGAAUUUAUACCACCUAAGUGUCCCGGAAUCUUCUGCUAUUGGGAGUACAGUUGGUCACAUAAAGGCAACUGAUGCUGAUAUUGGCAAAAAUGCUGAAUUGGAAUACAGAAUCACAGAUGGAGAUGAAUUGGGAAUGUUUUCGAUAUCAACAGAAAAAAGUACCCAAGAUGGCGUCCUAACCAUUAGGAAGAGAUUGGACUACGAAAACAAAAGAUUAUACACAUUGAAAAUGGAAGCAAUGAACACGCACAUAGAUCCACAUUUCUAUUAUCUUGGGCCUUUUAAAGAUACUGCUACUGUGAAAAUUUCCGUGGAAGAUUCCGAUGAACCACCUAUGUUUAGCCGAGCCAGCUAUAUGUUUAAAGUGCAUGAAGAUAUUGAAGUUGGGACAAUUAUAGGUACUGUGAUGGCAAGAGAUCCUGAUGUUGCUUCCAGUCAUAUAAGGUUCUCUUUGGAUCGCCAUACUGACCUUGACAGAAUUUUUAAUAUACACUCAGGAAAUGGAUCAAUUUAUACUGCAAAACCUCUGGACCGUGAAAUAUCCCAGUGGCAUAAUCUUAGCAUCAUAGCUACGGAAAUUAAUAACCCCAAGCAAACUACACGGGCCACGGUAUACAUUUUAAUCUUGGAUGUCAACGACAAUGCACCACAAUUUGCAAUGUUCUAUGACACGUUUGUUUGUGAAAAUGCAAGAGCCGGACAGUUAAUACAGACAAUAAGCGCUGUGGACAAGGAUGAACCUCCUGGUGGGCAGAAGUUUUUCUUUAGCUUGGCAUCUGUUAAUCCAAAUUUCACUGUUCAAGAUAAUGAAGAUAAUACUGCCCGGAUCUUGACAAGGCGAAAUGGUUUUAGCAGGCAUGAAAUAAACACAUAUCUUCUUCCAGUAGUCAUUUCCGACAAUGACUACCCCAUCCAAAGCAGCACUGGGACAUUGACUAUCAGAGUCUGUGCUUGUGACAUUCAAGGCAACAUGCAGUCCUGUAAUGCUGAAGCCUUGCUUCUACCUGCUGGUCUCAGUACUGGUGCUUUAAUUGCAAUUCUUCUCUGCAUCAUCAUACUGCUUCUUAUAGUGGUACUGUUUGCGGCUUUGAAGAGACAGAGAAAAAAAGAGCCCUUGGUCUUGUCAAAAGAGGACAUCAGAGACAACAUUGUCAGUUACAAUGAUGAAGGAGGUGGAGAAGAAGACACUCAAGCUUUUGAUAUCGGGACACUAAGAAACCCUGGCGCAGCUGACGAUAAAAAACAUCGAAGAGAUAUCAUUCCUGAAAGUCUACUGUUACCACGGAGAACUGCUGCUGUCCCAGACAAUACUGAUGUUCGUGAUUUCAUUAACCAAAGGUUAAAAGAGCAUGAUAAUGAUCCCACAGCACCGCCAUAUGAUUCCCUUGCAACUUAUGCAUAUGAAGGCAAUGAUUCAAUAGCUGAAUCCUUAAGUUCUUUAGAAUCGAGUACAACAGAAGGGGACCAAAACUACGAAUACCUCAAAGAAUGGGGUCCACGGUUCAACAAACUAGCUGAGAUGUAUGGAAGUGGGGAGAGUGAUAAAGAUUCCUAACUUGGACAAUAAAUGAUCACUCCUUUUUUUCAUUUAUCUUAUUUUUAUUUCAAGCUAAGUGAAAAUACAUUUGCGGGCACUUGGAAAAUGAUUAACAUUUUAAAAUACCUUUUUCUGGCACUCAGCACAGUGUUAAAAUAAUAACAAUAAUACAUUAAAAAAAAACUUUUUAGAGCAUUUGUUUCUUUCAUCGGUUUUUAUUCUCUGUAGAAUAUCACCUUCUAGUAUAAGACAUACGUUUAUCACAGACCAUGGCGGUAAAUCCAUGGAGUUUAUGUUGUUUAUCAAAAGAAUGUUCAUUUGGAAAACUUGAACAGAAGAAUACUUCCUCAUGCAAAUUCAUGCACACAGCUUCUUUGGAGUACACGGGCUGCUUUUCCAAUUGCAGCAUAUUGGUUUGUUUUUUAGAUGGAACAAAGAAUAAAAUCCUGAAGCGUUAUGUACAUUAACAUUUAUUGAAAAUGUACAAGUGAUGUUAGUGUGAUGCAGCUGGUGAAGAUAUAUGUUAGUAGAACAUCAUUUCAUCGAAUAGUAUCUUGCCAAUGUUUUAUAUUUAUAUUUUUGUAUUUAUUUUUAAGAAAUAAACCCGUUUUUACAACUUG